AUUGUAGAAGAAAACGGUCAUCAACCUAGAGCGUAGAGAAGAGAGAACAAAUUCGCAUUGAACAUAGGAUCAUGAUGACCCAGAGUUGAAUCAAGGCAGUCCAACCUCCAUUCUGAUUCUACCCACUUUCCCGUCUUUACUAUGUCACGUCCCCUCCCACCUUUCACUCAACAAACCGUCGCCAGCUCCGCGCAGAAGUUCACAGACCCUCAAUUAGCAUGAGUCGACCUCAGCGUCGUCUGCGUAUUUCUACUCCGUACCCUCUACCUUUAACUCGCGAUGGAUCCCCACACCCAUUACUCACAUCUAACGUCCACACCGCAAAGGAGUCCUCGCCAUUUGCUCAUGAACCCAGCCAUUUAUUUGGUUAUGACAGCAGUUCCUAUAGCCCAACUACGCCGAGCCCUGUUUCAUUCCAUUCCGGCAUCAGUCCGCUCAAAAACUGUGCUCCAGUCUACGAUCUAUUCACACAUGAUGAGGGUUCUCUCGAUGUUAGCGCAAGCCAUGCGUUGACAUCCGGCUGCAGAGAUCUUCAUACUGACCUUCGUGGUCCCGCUGCAUCUACAUACAAUGCAGGUCUUUGCGAUCCCACUUUCUCCAAUCCCACAGAAGUGAGCGUCAGGACGGGUGAUACGUUGCAUCUUCCAAUGCCGCAGUCGCCUACUAUGGCGGGCUGGGAAUCCACUGCUGAGCGGCACAUAGACCAUCCUCAAUUCCAUGAUACCCGUUAUCAUGUCGUAACUUCUUUCCUACUUCCUCCCCCUUAUAACACCGCCAUUUUGCCCGAUGCCAACCCCUUUUUAGAUAGUGGAUCGCACAGCGGUUGGGCAUCUUCUGAAUGUACGACGGCAUGUGCAAAUAGCUAUGACGUUCAAAACGCCCAGCUCAACCACCAGUCGGUGCAUCUGCCAUACGUUCAGGGUUUUCCACCUCCGGCGAACAGCAGCACCGAAGAGCAGGCGUCGAACCUGGGAUCUAUUUACGAAGGUCCUUCUGAUAGCUUUGGUCACCGCUCUGACUCGAUACCACCGUCAUCGGCCUCGUCUUCAGGUGGCGAAGCUUUACCUAGGUCCAUUGUUUGCCCUACCGUCGCAAAAUCUACCGUGAGCGAAGCGUCUCGACCUAGUCGUAUAAAGGAGGCAAAACAUCCGUGUCAUAUCUGUUUUAGUACCUUUACGGAGAAGCAUGGUUUCCGAAACCAUCUGAAUGUCCACUAUGGUAGAAAACCCUACGCUUGCGAUGGCUGUAAAAAACGAUUUACGACAAGCCACACUCGCAACCGACAUGUCACGACAUGUUCCUCGCAGUGGUUCAAAAACGACGAGAUGACCUUGGGUAAUUAGAUGCAGGGCAUGGCUUCUUCAGGUGUAUCUUCUUCUUAAAUGA